AUGGCAAAAUAUAUAGUUCAAAUUGUAGUUCUUGGUGCUCAAAUUGUAGGUAAAGCUUUUACUAAAGCGAUCAAGCAGGAAUACGCCGCAAGCCAAGAAGCUGCUCGUAGAGCUGGCGGUGGUCGUGCAGGUGCUGCACAUGCUGCAGCUAAUGCUAGAGCCGGUAUAAGUCUUGAAGAGGCAAAACAAAUUUUGAAUGUUAAAGGAAUGACUCCAGAAGAAGUUGAAAAACGAUAUGAAUAUUUAUUUGGAAUUAAUGAUAAAACAAAAGGUGGCUCAUUCUAUUUACAAUCAAAAAUUUUUAGAGCUAAAGAAAGACUUGAUAAGGAGUUGUCAAUAAAAAAAGAAAAAACUUAGCUAACUUAAAAAACACAAAUUGAUAUUUUGUAAAUUUAGUUGUUAUUUUUUAAAAUUAUGUUAUUUUUUGUUAUUGUUAUGAGUAACAAAAUGGAAACAACAAAAAGUGUUUGUAAAAUAUAGUUAUAUUUCUUAAUUUA